UGGCCGCGCAGGGAGUUGAUCCAGCAGGCAAAGCGAGCAGAACGCCUGAUCCCGCAGUGAUCGCGCGGUGAAAGACGCUGAGAAGCGCAGGAAGACCGAGAUCACUCACCUGCGAGGCUUGAGAUCAGCUUCUGCUGCCUGGUUCCUCCUCAUCAGCGUCCUCGAGGCCUCGCUGGCUGUCUAGAUCAGACUCUCUGCUGGUGAUCUGCUUAGUGAUCCUGAUCCUCGACGCUGAUUGGCUGAUUCCCAGAUCACGCCCGACGCGCCGAAAGUAGAAAAGCGACUUCAUCUUCACAACUUCAUCAACUUCAACUAUCAACAACAACGACAACAACAACAACAUCUUCUCUGCGACAUCUCAGUCAGACAUCAAGUCUACUCCUACUCUAAAGACUUCUACUUCUUCUUCUCAUCAUGACUGGACGCGGCAAGGGAGGAAAGGGACUCGGCAAGGGCGGUGCCAAACGCCAUCGCAAGAUCCUCCGCGACAACAUCCACGGCAUCACCAAGCCUGCCAUCCGCCGUCUCGCCCGCCGUGGUGGUGUCAAGCGUAUCUCCGCCAUGAUCUACGGCGAGACCCGCAACGUGCUCAAGUCCUUCCUCGAGGGCGUCAUCCGCGACGCCGUCACCUACACUGAACACGCCAAGCGCAAGACAGUCACCUCUCUCGACGUCGUCUACGCUCUCAAGCGCCAGGGCCGUAGGUUCUCUCUAUCUAUCUAUCUCUGGACGUUAUACUAACAGUUCCUAGGCACCCUUUAUGGUUUCGGUGGUUAGACGCUUUUAUGACUGGGUUUCUUUCUUCGGGGUUCAUCGGUUAAGGGGUUCUGCUUUCUGUUCGCGUCUGUUCUGUUCUUAAUGGAGUCUGUAUCAUAUCAUACUCAUGACUGCUGGCAUUGCCAAUGAAUACUUCAUCAACUUCAUCACCACCACCGCUUCUUCGGCUGCGUCCUCGCUUACCUGAGAUUAAGUGAAUUGCUUUUUCCGCUCGACUGGCUGGUCAUCCCUCCAUCCACGGCCACGGUGUAACGCAGGCAUCCACACUCAACCUGCAACUUUCCUCUCUUCAAUCUUUUCUCUGCAUUCUUCUCUUUUGCCGCUGUUUUCUUGCCUGUUCUCAUCUACCUCCUCUUCGUCCAUCACCGGUGAUGUCCCUCGUUUGAUUGAGUCCCUCGCUCUUCUCGUCCACGCUCGUUUCACGCUGUUUCAGGAGCCGUUUCAACCUCGCCUUUGCGCACCUGGUGGAGUGCCGGGUGGCUCGCCUUUUUCUCUCUCGUCUUUUUAAUCUAAUUCCCUGUCCCGUCGCUGAGCAGACCAGACUUAUAAGGCUCUCCUCGUCCGUCCUUCAGGCACAGUAAGUCAGUAAACAUAGCCAGAGCCAUCAUGCAGCCCCGUUCGGCGUCGAGAGGCAGCCAGUACAUCCGCGGCACUCGCCCCAG